AUGAAACAGUUGCGGGUCCUUCACAAACAGACGAAGAAAAAAGCCAAAGAGUUAAAGAAAGAGGUUGAUUGUUUGUCGGAGAGGAACCAAAGUCUGGUAGCGGAUUUGAGUCGAUCUAUUGGUCAGCAAGAGGAGCUGAAAAAGUUGAACCAGGAUUUGCAAAUGAGAAUAGAUGAUGCUCUGAUCCAUCGCACCUCAUCCAGCUUGAAGAAAGUGGACACUUUCCUGGCAAGAGUAGACCAGGGAGCUGAGGAACUACGAUGGGUUGUAAAGGAAGGUAUUCCUCUUUUUGUCCGUGCUUUAUUAGAUUCAAGCGACUUUAGCAUCGUGAAUGCUACCUUGCAUACGUCCUCCAUCCAACUUGGUCUUCAUCAAGAUUGUGUUGGCCUGAAGGAAAAAUAUCCUGAAGAAUUGAAGGAUAAGAGUGUCUUGUAUUCGUACCCAGAUGCACAACGUCAAAUUAUUGAUCGUAUUUCUGAGAUGACAACGUACAAGUACUCUUUUUUAUCUGCUCUAGGGGAAUAG